AUGGGGAGAGAGCUACCGGGAGCCGUGCGCGUCCACCCGCUCACCGCACCCAAGGGUGCCGGGCAAGGACGAGCGGCUGGGCAAGGCGAGGGGCUCUGGGCACCCUGCCCUGGGGGAGCCCUGAUGCUGGGGGCCGGGGAACCCUCUCUGCGUGAGUGGGCAGCCAUGGGCGUGUGGAGGGGCCCCAGCACCGUGCUGGCCCUCCUGCUCCUCCUGUGCCCGCUGCCCGCACCUGCGUGCCCCACCGCCUGCCGCUGCUGGGCAGGGGACGUGGACUGCCGCCAGCGCGCCCUGCAUGAGGUGCCGCCGCGCCUGCCCACUAACGCCAGCACCCUCUGGCUCGGCUACAACUUCAUCGCCGUGCUCAGGGCACGCGCCUUCCCCUCCCUGCCAGCGCUGCUGCGGCUCAGCCUGCCCCAUAACCACCUGGGGAUGAUCCACAGGCAGGCGCUGGUGGGGCUCGGGGCGCUGCAGGAGCUGGAUCUCAGCAACAACUACCUGGCCAUGCUGAGCCCCGAGAGCUUCCUGCCCCUCGGCAGCCUGGCCACGCUCAACCUGGGCAACAACAGGCUGGAGGAGCUGGGGGCCGGGGUGCUGAGUGCCUUGCCCCAGCUCCAAGAGCUCUUCCUGCAUGGGAACCCCUGGGUGUGCUCCUGCAGCAUCCUGCCCCUCUGGCGCUGGCUUGGUCACAACAGGGACAAAGUGCCAGAGGAGAGUUCGCUCCAGUGCGUGUUCCCGGAGCAGCUGGACACGUAUCCGAUCAUGGCCUUCAGGAACGAGUCCUUCUGGCCGUGCCAGAAGACCCCACUGUCUGCCCAGCACUACGCCACCUUCCUGCUCCUCGGGCUGUCCUCCUUCCUGGCCAGCAUCAUCUUCUGCACCCUGAUGGGCUGCGUCGUGGUCAUUUACCAGCACCUGCGCAAGGAACCCCGCUUCUGUAGGAGACCCCUCCUCUGCAGGGGGCACUGA